AUGGUUGAUUGCGAUUGGUCUAACUUACCGGAGGAGCUCCUCCACAUGAUCGUCCUCCUAUUAUUCUCCGUAGUCGAACUGAAACGUUUCAGGAGCAUUUGCAGAUCUUGGCGCUCCUCUACUUCGGGCGUGAACAGGAACAAUCCUUUCCCUAGUCGCCCUCGCAUCCACUUCGAUCCCAUCGACCCUAGCGAAACCCUAUCAUCCGAUGAUUCCUACAUUAGCAGACCCGGUGCGUUUCUCUCACGCGCCGCCUUUUUCCGAGUCACUCUCUCCUCCUCCUCGAGCAAGGGCUGGAUGAUCAAAUCAGACAUGGACAUCAACUCCGGGAGAUUCCGUCUCCUCAACGUUCUCUCACGUUACCCGUUGCGUCUUUAUUCCGAGAGCAUCGAUCUUUUGGAGUUCACUGUCUCCGAGAUUCGAGAAGCCUACACGGUUCUUAACACUGCCAAGAGAAGAUCAGCAACUAAAGGAUACCAAAGAAGUGCUCCUGUCAAAGUCAAGGAAGGAGAAGGUCAUCGUGAUGGAGUUCUCGGAAUUGGUCGGGAUGGGAAUAUCAACUACUGGGAUGGAAAUGUCUUGUCGGAACUUAAACAAAUGGGUGAUCAUUUCUCCGACAUUAUAGUUCACAAAGGACUGAUAAACUCCGAUCUUGAGAUCUCUAGGUUUGGAACUUCACUCGAUGAAAACAUCACUGAUGGCUGUUGGGGAGACUUGAGAUUUGUGGAAGGCUGUGGAGAGCUUUAUAUUGUGGAGCGCCUUCCGAAAAAUACCCGAAAGAGAAAAGCUGGGGACUUUUUUCACAACUCACGAACGGUUGGUUUCAAGGCUUACAAGAUGGAUGAGGAAUUAGCAAAAUGGAUAGAAAUUAAGACCUUGGGAGACAAUGCGUUUUUGAUGGGUACCGAUACUUGUUUCUCGGUUUUGGCUCAUGAGGUUUACGGAUGCCUACCAAACUCUAUUUACUACACCGAGAAUACAUGGCCUAAGGUGUGCAAGCUAGAGGAUGGUAAUGGAAGUAGUAUCAUCGUAACAAUGUCGGAGUCUUCUAAGAGUUCUUUCGAAAUGUUUUAUCCUAGCUUUGUCUGA